AUGCUCCGUGGUUCCGCGGCCCUGGAUUCCUCUACCAGCCGGAGGAUUGUUGGCCGAAGCAGGGCAGCAUCGCACCAAACGUUCCCGGAGAGGUGUGUCCAGUUCCACGAUAUCGCCAUCACCAUGUCGAUAGUAGAUCUGCAACGAUUUUCUAAGUGGAGGGUAUUACUGCGGACGGUGGCAUGCGUCUAUCGGUUCGCGUCGAACUGUCGAAGGAAAAAAGAUGGAUUCAAGAUCGAAGCAGUUCCAACUACAGAAGCGGUGAAGAAGGCGGUUAUAAAAACUGUACGAUCGACGACGGUACCGUUGAAACGUGAAGAGUACCAGAAGGCGGAGGCGUACCUCUGGCGGUCAGCCCAGGCCGAUUGUUUUGGCGACGAAAUCAGGACGAUCAAAAAGAACCGGCAGCUACCGUUACAGCAGCAGCAGCAAUUAGAGAAGAGUAGCAGUUUGUACAACCUGAGUCCGUUCCUAGACACUGAGGACGUACUGCGAAUGGAAGGUAGAGCAGCGCAAGGUUCGUCGCUGCCGUUCGAGCUUCGAUUCCCAAUAAUUCUACCGAAACAGCAUCUGGUGACUGACAAGCUGCUAGAAUACUACCAUCACCGAGUAGCACAUGGAAACGUGGAGUCUGCCGUCAACGAAAUCCGGCAAAGAUUCAGCAUUCAGAACCUGCGAGCAGAGUUGAAGCGGAUCGGGAAGUCUUGCAUGUGGUGCAAGGUGAAGAAAUGCCGAGCGAGGACACCGAGAAUGGCUCCAUUGCCGGAGUCGCGCGUCACGCCGGGACUACCACCGUUCAGCCACACCGGCGUGGACUUCUGCGGCCCAGUCACAGUUACAGUCGGUCGAAGAUCGGAGAAGCGGUACAUCUGUUUGUUUACCUGCAUGACUACGAGAGCUGUCCACCUUGAAGUCGCUCACAGCCUGACGACUCAAGCGUGCUUGAUGGCCAUUCGAAGGUUCGUGUGCCGCCGAGGAAAACCGUUGGAAUUCUACUCCGACAACGGCACGAACUUUCAAGCUGCAAGCAAGGCGAUUAACCCGCUGGAACUUCAACCCCCCCAGCGCACCUCACAUGGGUGGUGUCUGGGAGCGAUUGGUCCGCUCCUGAAGGCAGCAUUAACCGUGCUAAACGACGGGAGAACAAUAACCGACGAAGUGUUGCUGACGACGAUUGCGGAGGCUGAAGACCUAAUUAAUUCCCGGCCGUUGACAUACGUCGGCCUGGAACCGGGAACAGAAGAAGCGUUGACGCCAAAUCAUUUUGUUCGUGGCGUCGGUACGAUCGGUGAGGAACAUCCUGUUCCACCUACGAGCGAAGCCGAAGCACUUCGAGACCGCUACAAGCGGUCACAGCGUUUGGCGGACAAACUAUGGGCUCGGUGGGUGUUCGAGUAUUUGCCGUCGAUAAAUCAUCGGGCUAAGUGGCAUACUGACGUGCCACCAAUAGCAAGCGGUGAUCUGGUGUACAUCGCGGACGACGCAGUGCGGAAGAGCUGGAUCCGCGGCAUCGUGCUAGAUGUCUACCCGGGGCGGACGGCCGAAUUCGACAAGCGACGGUACAGACGGAUAAGGGUGGAAUCUACUCAGUUCGAGAGUGGAAUCCUGCUCAGUUCCGAGUGGAAUCCUGCGAUUCCGGUGAGACCCCGUUCGAGGGAAUCUGCUCAGUUCGGUGAAUCUUCGGAUUCGAGUGGAAUCUAUCGUCGUGAUCCUGAUUCGAGUGAUCCUGCUCAGUUCGAGUGGAAUCCUGCUCCGAUUCCGGUGAAUCUGCCACCCCUCGCCAACCGACAUCGACUUGACAUUGCCAUCACCGAACCAACGACGACGACUACCAACAAUACCAAGCAACGAGCACUAAUCGCCACUAAUUACUAA